AUGGCGACUUCGCUUGCUGCGCAGUUGGCGCAAGUUGCCGCCAAGUCGAAAUCGACUUUGAACGUCAAGGCCCAGAAAGCAGCGCACUCGAAAUCGCUAAUUUGGGAGCCCAAAGUUGCUGCUACACAGAGCCUUCAAACGCUCUAUGUGACUUGCUUUCAAGGCUUCGAAGAUCUCUGCCAAUUGGACGCACGGUUUGUGCCCUUUCAAGGCACCAUAUUUAGCGAAGAGAGCCAAGAUCAAGACCGAAGCCAGCUAACCUCUGCCGAAAAUGCUGAGCUCAACCGCCAAGUCGAAGCCUUUCUACGCCUUGUCGGCGGCCGCCUCCGCCUGAUGCCAGCAAUCAAAGCCGUCGAGUGGCUCAUUCGACGAUUCAGAAUCCACGAGGAAAAUACUGUCUCAUUAGUUCUCGCAUUCCUGCCGUAUCAUUCCAUUUCUGCGUUUGCUACACUACUCUCGAUACUGCCGCGCACAGUUCCUCAGGAGAUCCGAUUUCUCGAUCCUUACAUUCGAUCUCUGACAACCCCGCCCAGAUCAAUUCUCGUGCAUCAAGCCAUAAACCACCCCGAAUUCUUGUCGCUGGUGUCCGAAUACACUCUCGAGUCAUGUCGAAAGCAAUAUCACUAUCCUGCCCUGAUCACAUUCUGGGCCGGACUGAUGACAGAAUCAGUCAAUGGUCUGCUCGACAAGACCAAGUCUGGACGAGCCGCAGUUCAGGCUGAAAAUAUCCAGGCCUUACUGCACCGACUCGGGCCCAUCUUUGCCGAGUCACUUAUGAUGAAGGCGGUACCCAGUCUUCAGAUUGCGUCAUAUAUGGCAAUGACAGUAUUUGUGUCCAAGGGUGGCCUCGAGGACGCUGCGGUGACUGCGUUCAUGCAGCAAACCGUGCUUGGCUGGUCAACUGAGACGAUCCGGCCCGGUCUUGUCUGCCUGACCAUUAUGGCCCAGUUCAGAUCUGCCAAGCAGAUGAACAGUAAGGUUACAAAGGCUCUCAUGAAGGUUCCAGAUGUCGGAGCUCUCCUCGUCGAGAUUGGUCAAGAACGGCGUGUUGACAAGCUUGCCAACGGCCUCUGCUUGGCACUGAUUGAGCGACUCACCAAGAAGGGUGAUUCUCGUGGUCUUUCAACCAUAAUGGCCAUCCUGAGCGGAGAAAUUCUCAAAGAAAAGCAGACUGCUGUUAUCUUCAAGUCUCUCCUACUCACGGCUCUUAAGCUCAACACUGAUAACGACGAGGCUGGGUCACUUAGAAGGGAGCUCGGCUCUGUCCUAAUCGCUCUUUCCCAAAUAUCUGGCAGAGCUGGCGACAUUGUUCAGUCAGUUAUUGAAGAAGUCGAAUUCGAUAUCGAGGAGCUUGAGAUGAAGCUUGACUUAUCUUUCAGAUCUCGCCGACUCCCAGAGGCCACCGAAGACAAAACGGAUCCUACUUCUGCCACUCAACCCGGAAACCGGGACGAUAUUCAAGAGGCUAUUGACGGUGCCAACUCACGUUCUGAAGUCUUGUCGAUUUGCCUUGUGCCUCAGCCAGGCGAGAUAUUCACCGAGUUCAGCCAUCUUUUCUUCUCUAUCGUCUCUGAACAUUCGAAAGACUCGGCUCUGCUUUCUCAAUUCGAGGAAAGCCCCAAGUUGCGCCGGCAAACAGCUCUCAAGGACUGCGGUUUCUACAGCUUCUUCAUCCGCAUUUGGUCUGGGCCGUACCCUGCUCUCGCCCGCACGGCAGCCUUGGAGGUCGUCAAGAAUAACGUGAAAGGCAGCGACGAUCUCAAGGUCGACCUACAGCACUUGAUUCCUUAUUGCGUCACUGCGCUUUCUGAUCCUUCCAAACGGGUCCGGCGUGCUGCAGCAGACCUCAUUGUUAUUCUCUCGAGUCGAUACACCGCAAAAGCCAGCUUUAAAUUGGUCUGGGGCGCAGACACGCUUUAUGGCAAGUCCAAAAUUAGCAAACCUCUGACUUCCGAAGUUGUCAUGCGAAUGCUGCACCUUCAGCUGCUGCCAACUAUCGAAGAAUGUGUGAUGGACCCCGACCAUAUUGCUGUAGUUAUCAAGGGUGCCAUCGAGCUCGGUACAUAUCACGUCAAGCCUGUACCUUCUGUGGAUAAAAAAGACCACCUGUCCUCCUCUGGUAGACUAUCUCUGCUGUCAUUCUUCUCCGAGCAUGCUGUCGCAACCCCAAUACUUCUUGUGAAGGAAAGAUUGCUAAAGCUCUUGAAUGAGGUCAAGAGUGUGAGUGGCACAUCUCGAACAAGAUCUCUGUUACCUGCGCUUCAGUGGUGGGCUGCACUUGGCGAAACGGAAAUCGAAACAAUGUGCCGCGCCGAACACAUUGAGCGAACGGAAGCAGAUGCUCGCUUCGUCGAUAUCGUUGUCCCAAAUGACGCAACUGGUCUUGAAUUCUUCAUCGAGACACUGACCAGCACCGAGGUCAAUGAGAAGCCUAAUCUUGUCCAGGCCAUAUUUGCUCGCAUUCGGAAAAUGUGGCCAUCGAUGAAGGCCGAGUCAAAGUUUACAGUGGCAGCGCAGUUCCUGGAACUAUCACAGCAGUCAGGAGAAGACGACUCUUUCCCAAUUGUGGCCACGGAGGCCUCGGACCUUCUGAGAACCGUACCCCUUACAACUGAUAUUCUUUCACACUUCUUGGAUUCCAUCCAGACUGGUACUAAGAUGAUUACCGAGCCGCCACCAAACAAAAGACGGCGCAUCAGUUCUACUGAUGGUAACCGCGAACUCAUGAUGCAAGUGACCCCUGAGCUAAGUAAGGCUCUACGCAAAGUCACUUUCGUGUUGCAGUUGGUGGACAACUCUGAGCCCGUGAAUCAUCCGGAGCUGCUUGAUGGUCUGUUCACGGCUCUCUCCGAGCUGCAGCACUUUAGAACAGUGGUUGGCUCAGAGCUUGGCUACCUGCAAAACCUCAUUCUUCGCAGUCUUUUGGCAAUGAUGCCCGCUUACAAAUCAAACAAGAAGCUCGGCAUCGACAGCUCUGGUGGCUACGGUGACUUGCUGGUUAACUGCAUUCAAAAGUCGUCUAGCCCUGUUGUUCAAAACGCUGCCCUGCUCCUCAUUGCUAAUCUAGCGACAACGGCUCCUAGCUUAGUGUUGCAUAGUGUCAUGCCCAUCUUCACUUUCAUGGGCGCCUCGGUUCUGCGCCAAAAUGACGACUACUCUGCACACGUUGUUUCUCAAACAAUCAAGGAGGUUGUGCCUCCUCUCAUCGCCAGCCUCCGCAAGGGGCAAAAGAACCCUCUUGCAGGUGCAUCUGAUAUCUUGGUCAGCUUUACAACGGCGUAUGAGCAUGUCCCAUCUCACAGGAGACCAGGCUUGUUCCUCGCUCUUGUGGAAACUCUUGGUCCAAAGGAUUUCCUGUUCGCUCUGGUCAGCAUGCUCGUCAACCGCUACGACGCAAGCGAUGACUUGCUGCAGUUCAGCGCUGAGCUCCUCGAUAGCUUCAGCAUCGAGAUUCAGCUUGAAACAUUGGUGAAGCUUCUUGGUCUUACUGCAGACCUUUUCAAGGCCAAGCCAGGCAUCUCCGCUACUCUUCUUGGAGCCGGCGAAGAUGGUGGAAUCAAAGACGUCAACAAGGUCGCUCUGCGCCAGCUGGCAGCCUUUCCUAGUCUCCUGUCAAGCAAGGCACUUGUGUCGCAGAUUGCCAAACUCGAAGAUCGCGACGAUAUGGAGGCUGCUGAGAUUCGCUCCACGUAUGCUACAUUGCUUGAGAACAUCUUGCUGCUGUCGGAUACCGUCAAGGCCAACAAAGCUCUCCGCACCCGCUGCGGAGUCGCGCUCGCCAAAUUGCUCAACCUCCUGUCUAUUGGUGAAUUCAUCAAGGCCGUCGAAAACCUUCUGGAUAGACCUGACUUGACCCUGCGACACAAGGUACUCAAGGCCCUCGAGGUUCGUGUUGAGUCGGAAAGCAACAACGAUGCUGACGCAAGAAUUGCACUUCUUACGUUCCUUCCUCAACUCACCGCCGUCAUCCGCGAGUCUCAAGAUAUACGCUACAAGCAUACUGCCGUUACAUGUGUGGAUAAGAUUGCAGAGAAGUAUGGCAAGAAAGAUAUAGAGGCUGUGGUAGCUGCAGCAUCUACAAUUGCUGGGGAGCAUUGUCUGGGACAGAGUGAGAAGCUAUUGCGCACCAUGGCACUGCUCUGUCUGACUUCCUUGGUGGAUGUCUUGCAGGAAGCCAUUGUGCCAGUGCUGCCGCUAGCUGUGCCAAAGGCCAUUGCCUAUUUGGAGCAGAGCCUCGAUGCGAGUUCGGUAGAUGAGGAGCUACAUUCGGCCAGUUACGGCCUCCUAGCCUCGCUCGCAGAGCAUUUGCCGUACAUGUUGUCUACAUAUAUGGACGACAUUCUGCGUGUGUCAAACACCUCGGCUACAGCUGAUCUGGAUGCCGAAACCAAUGGCAAUCGCGUGCUCUGCCUCGAGAUUCUUGCCAAGAAGAUGGAUGCUAAGGAAAUGCUGACGGGCUUGGAUCGCGAUUGGGAGUUUGCGCUUGCGGCGGGUCCUUUGGUGAGUAAUAUCUCGCGAUCGCUUGAGAGGCGUGGGGCUUUUACUAACAGCAUUACGCGCCAGGCUUUCUCUGAAUUUAUCAACAUGCUCGGCCUGACCAUUGAGAGUCACUCGAAGAGUGUUGUCGCCAAGCACGCUGGUAUCAUCUCUGGCCUUUUGCUGAAAGCUUUUGAUCUGCGCCGACGUAUCUUUGCGGCCGGUGAAGGUGGGGAGAAGAUGCUACGGCAAGUAUCGGAGCUGGAAGCUGCAGUGCAUGAAAAGGCCAUGAAGAUGAUUUAUAAACUGAAUGACGCUACGUUCCGGCCGGUUUUCCAGCAGAUUGUCGAGUGGCCUGGUUCCAAUAUUCCGAAGUCGGACAGCACGGGAUACGCCUUGCAACAGCUCGCUGUGUACGGGUUCCUGCAGACCUUUUUCGACAACCUUAAAUCGAUUGUGACGAAUUACGCUACGUAUGUAGUAGACGAUGCAGUCAAGAUUCUCGGCAAGAUUCAGCCACAAGCAAAUGCUGAAAGCCGAGACUUGUGGAAACGCGUGCUUGGCACGCUGAGCAAGUGCUUCGAGCACGACCAGGAUGACUUUUGGCAAGCUCCGGCGCACUUUGGCGCAAUUGCGCCCGUGCUGCUGCGACAGUUCCUGCUGGCCCCACAGAUGGACGUGGAAGCCGAUUUAGUGCCUGCGACUGUUCAAUUGGCUGCCGCGGCUGAUUCGCAAAUACAUCAGAAGGAGCUCAAUUCUGGUCUCCUGCAGCACCUGCGCUCCGAGCAGACGGCUGUGCGACUGGCAGCUGUCAAGUGCGAGCAGGCAUUGACGGACAAACUGGGUGAAGAGUGGCUUUCGAUGCUGCACGAGAUGCUGCCGAGGAUCAGCGAGCUGCAGGAAGAUGACGACGAAGUAGUGGAGCGAGAAACGCAUAGAUGGAUCGUCAAGAUUGAGGGCGUGCUCGGCGAGAGCCUGGACGCCAUGCUGCAGUAA